AUGGAAUGCACAGUGUUAAAAUGGGCCAACAGUGACUCACUAAAAGAAGGGGCAUACCCUGGAAAAGCGUGUGAAGCUAGAAACCCCAGACUAACGAUCGACCUUGACAGGCAUGCAGGGCUGCUGAACAGGAGGCGGGCGUGCUCGGCAGCCAGACACAGCCCUCCCAUGGAGAACUCGGUGGCCCCCUGCGUCCUCUACCCAGGGGGUGAUCGCGUCCGCGGGGCCGAACCUGGGGGCACCUUUGCCCAUGGGGCGCUCAGCCAGGCCGGGGCGCAGGGAGGCGCUCCCGGGACUCCGGGAGAGGGCCGCCUGCAGCAGCUGGACUCGGCCGGGGGGGAGGGCGCCGUGUCCCCGGCGCAGACACCCUGCAGUCUCAGCGCGUCCCUGUGUUUCAGCUCCGGGGACGACUCCCCGCCGCAGUCCCAUGACUCCGCGGCGGAGGGCGCAGCGGCCUCCCCGUGCUCGUGUCGCAGCGGCCAGCGGGUGGUGGAAAGGCAAUGGGAAGUCAGCAGCGCGGACGCAGGUUCCCCGGAGGAGCGCGCCUUGUCAGAGGAGCCCACAUCCCCGGAAGAGCCCGUGUCCCCCGAGGAGCACGCGUGCCCGGAAAAGCCUACGUCCCCAGAGGAACCCGUGUCCCCCGAGGAGCGCGGGAGCCCUGAAGAGCCCGAGUCACUGGAAGAUCCUGGGGAGCUCUCGUCUGAACUUUCUACCUCUAACAGUGAACAGCUGCAGCUGCUGGCCCUGGACGGCCACCUGUACGCCGUGGGCGGCGAGUGCCUGCUCAGCGUGGAGCGCUACGACCCGCGCGCCGACCGCUGGGCCGCCGUGGCCCCGCUGCCCCGGGGCGCCUUCGCCGUGGCCCACGAGGCCACCACCUGCAACGGCGAGAUCUACGUGUCCGGGGGCUCACUCUUCUACCGCCUGCUCAAGUACGACCCCCGGCGCGAUGAGUGGCAGGAGUGCCCGUGCAGCAGCAGCCGCGAGCGCUCCGCCGACAUGGUGGCCCUCGACGGCUUCAUCUACCGCUUCGACCUGUGCGGGGGCCGAGGCGACGCCCAGGCAGCGGCCGGGCUGGGCGGCGGGGUCAGCGUCUUCCGCUACCACUGCCUGGCCAAGCAGUGGAGUCAGUGCGCCUCGCACCUGCGACCCCCGGGCGCCGCUGCGGGCCUGCAGCCCUUCCGCUGCGCCGCUCUGGACGGCAACAUCUACUGCGUGAGCCGCGCGGGCACCUGGCGCUUCGUGCCCUCCCAGGACGGCGAGCCCAGCCAGGGCGGCAGCUUCGAGCCGGAGCUGCUCGGAGCCCCCUUGGACACCCGAGGGAUGCUUUUCCCGUUUGUGCUCAAUUUGCCCGAGAAGCCGGACAGAGGGGAGCAGGGCGCCGUGUAGGGCGGGCCGGGGACAACUGGGUGUCUCCCUCGGGCAGCCCCGGGACCAAAGGAGCGGCUCCAGUGGGCUGACAUCUGAAAUGGGAUGGGGGGUGGCGGGCAAAGGGAGCGGAGGAGAGAAGGGAGAGAGUCGCGGGGGCCACUCUGGACCGUUUAAACGCUUUGAAAGUAGCCCUGAAGACAACUUUGCAAUGCUGUUCUAAGGGCCGCUUUCCUCUUCUGCAUUCCUUUUUGCUUCACUUUUGCUUAAUGGGGUCGAUGGCGCAAGAUGCAGGGUGUGUGCAAAUAGAUUACCCUGCGGAUAAGACACAGGAUACCGAAGAGAGAAGGAAAUGGAAUCAAAAGAUUAACCUUCAGGGUACAGUGGGUGGGUA